AUGAGAAAUGAAGAAGCAAAUUGGAAUGAAGUUUUGGGGUUAUGGUGGGACCAGAAAGAGGGGAAACGAGAGGCAAAUGAUUUACGUGCUGUAAUCGAACACUUCGACGCAGAAAGUCGUGCCAUAAGUGCAAUUCUUGGGCAUAGUAAAGGAGGUGAUGAUAAGGAUUGCAUGGUCAUUGCCAUUCAUGGAUCUGUUGAUGAAAUCAUCCUAGUGGAGGAUGCAUUAGAGUUUGCCAAGAUCAUGCCAAACCACAAUCUACACAUCAUAAAAGGAGCAAAUCAUAGCUACACUUCGCAUCAAACAGAAUAUGACAGCUGUCGCCUACCAAAGACCGACGGUGAUGUAUUUUUGAUGAAUUUAACACCCACCACCAGCAUGCCGUCGAAGCGACUGCGCAGCUCCUCGUCUAAACCAGAUGCGUCGUCUUCUCCUACCAAUAAGAGAAAGACGACGGCGGCUGCAGCGCCUACCGAGCCGAAAAGGAUUCGUUUGAAGGAAAAAAAGCAGAGGCGGAAGAGCAGCUGA